GUUGACCAAUUAAGUGAAGCACAAAUCACAGAAUUUAAAGAAGCAUUUUCUUUGUUUGAUAAAGACAAUGAUGAGUCAGAAUUACAAGACAUGGUCAAUGAAAUUGAUGCUGAUGGUAAUAAGACAAUUGACUUUCCAGAAUUUUUGACAAUGAUGGCCAGGAAAAUGAAGGAUUCUGAUUCUGAACAAGAGAUAAAAGAAGCUUUUAAAGUUUUUGAUAAAGAUGGUAAUGGUUUUAUUUCUGCUGCUGAACUAAGACAUGUUAUGACUAAUCUCGGAGAGAAACUUACUGAACAAGAAGUUGAUGAAAUGGUAAUUAUUAUUGAGAUUUGCAUACGUAUAAUGAAUAGAUGUGGGUGA